AUCAAAUUGCGCAAGCGCAUUAAUUAUGUGAAUGGCAACAAAAAUAUUAGUCAGUUUUUUUUACAUAAAUUAAGUGUUUACAAAGCGAGAAUGUAGGGUUUUUAUGAAAUAAUAACUGUUGAUGUUCAGGAAUUUAAGUUUUUCAAAUGUGUUACACUGUGAACUUGUUGACGUGGAAUGAAAGACCAGUCAUACAGGCCUGUCACAUCUGACUCUCCCGCUAAGCAGGAGGGGAGGAUGCCCAAGAAUGUUCGUAAAUGGGAAGUGUUUCCAGGCAAAAACAAGUUCUGCUGUAAUGGUCGUAUAAUGAUGGCUCGACAAAAUGGAAUAUUUUACUUUACUUGUACUUUAAUUAUUGCAACAUGUGGAUUAUUUUUCGGUUUUGAUUGUCCAUACCUGGCUGUGCAUGUGACACCAGCGAUUCCAGCUGUGGGCGGGGCACUGUUCAUCUUCGUCAUGGCAACCCUGUUCAGAACCAGCUUCAGUGACCCGGGUGUCAUCCCUAGAGCCACUUCAGACGAGGCAGCUGACAUUGAGAGGCAGAUCGAUAUCCCCAACCCAUCAGUGCCAGGAGCAUACCGCCCUCCGCCACGCACCAAGGAGGUGCUGAUUCGAGGUCAGGUGGUGAAGUUGAAGUACUGCUUCACAUGUAAAAUAUUCAGACCUCCCAGAGCCUCACACUGCAGCCUUUGUGAUAACUGUGUUGAGCGAUUUGACCACCACUGCCCGUGGCUGGGGAACUGUGUGGGGAAGCGAAACUACCGCUACUUCUACUUGUUUAUUCUCUCCUUGUCUAUCCUGUGUAUCUACAUUUUCGCCUGCGUGCUCACACAUCUUAUACUGCGUUCACAAGCCGACAAUUUUCUCCAUGCAAUGAGGGACUCCCCGGCUAGUGUGAUAGAGGUGAUUGUGUGUUUUUUCUCCGUCUGGUCGGUGAUCGGCCUGACCGGUUUCCACUCCUACCUGAUCUCAUCACAACAAACUACCAAUGAAGAUAUUAAAGGAUCAUUUUCAUCCAAACGAAAUCAAGAAAACUUCAAUCCAUACAGCCAUGGUUCCAUAUUUAAAAAUUGUAUGAGCGUGUUAUGUGGACCAAAUCCUCCAAGUCUGCUGGAUCGCACGGGGCUUAUUAUGCCCGAUUCUGCGCAGGUCCACCCAAUGGGCAAGGAUGGGUCGGUGAAGAGGGACUACUACGGUUCUACCGCAGUCAUUAAAGAGAAACAAACCAGUAGUAUGGGAACAAACACGCAGACGGACGGGGUGACGAAACAUGAUAUGAUUAGCUAUCAGUCACCAGACGGCUCUAUAUCCAGCCGACUACCACCGUCUAAUGGCGGAAAGAGUCCAAUGUGGAACAUGACUUAUAACCAGUUGAAUCAGUAUAAUGCCGAGUUGAAUUCUCGAGGAUUGCCACAUGCGGAGGCAGUGUGGUCGAGGUUGGAAGCCAACAAGGCAGAGCCAUCCAAACCAGAGGAUGUUGUCCACUUUUCGACCAAUCAGAGGCUUGUAAUGCCAGCCAAUCAGAGUGCAACAAUCACAUCCACAUUUAUAAAUGGGACGAAACUCCACAAUGCUGAUCAAUAUCAGAAUCACUCAAAUGUUGUCACUGAAAAGGCAUGAGGCUCACAAUGGCCAUUGCUUUCCUUGGAUGUGUGUAAAAAAUAUAAUUCAACUUUGUAAAAGUGAUUUUAAUUGAACUUUGUAAGAACAUUUUUUCUCAGUAUUGUAUCUCCAUACCUGUUGUAAAACUUUAAACAUUUCUGUUAUUAUUAGCCUAAGGCCAGUUAUGUGUUAACAGUUUUAUGAAAAAAUCUUGUUUUUUUAUAUAUUGAGUACAGAUUAUGUGUUAAACAGUGAUUUGUUUCUUUGUAAAAGUUGAAUUGACUUACAAGUUAUUGUAAUAUAUCUAUAUGAAGUACAGAUCAUGUCUUAAACUUUGACUUAUUACUAUAUAAAAGGUUAAACAAUUUACAUCAUGCCAUUAAAAAGAGUGUUUUCUCUGCAAAACGUUAAAUCAGUUUUAACCAAAUAUUGAUCACCAUUGUUGACGCAAUCUGUCAAUGCAAUCAGUCUAUCAAUGCAAUUGAUAUUAUGUUCAAUGACUAAAAUGUCAAAUGUACAUAUAACACAGUCAUGAUGUUGCUUGUUUUUUAGUGUUCUACAACCAUUAUAUCUUUUCUUAUGUAACAGUUGUGUAAUAUUACUUGACAUUGAAAUCAUUUCACCUUUCUAAUUAAAUGUCAAACUUAAACUAAAAAUAUAAUCAAAUUUUCGUUUUUGGUGACAAAUGUUUCAUGCGAUAAGAAGAACCUUAGAUUCGCUGCAAUUUCUUAAAAAGUUAUGGAAAAGUUAAAGAUUUCACUAAAACUUGUUUCAUUUCUAUUUUGUUAAAUGGCAAUUUGUGUAAGAUCCUAUAUUUACUUGUACAGGGUAGGAAUCAUGAAAAAUGAUAAUCAAUUUAAAGUGACAAUAUCAUUCAGGAAGAUCCAUAUUAUCCACAAAUAUUAUAAACUUUCAUAACUGUUUUAAAUCUAGUGUAACCAGAAUGUGAAAAAGUAAUGACAUGUUCUGCUUUCACCUUGAUUUAUUCGUUAAUUCCAAACUGCUGUUAAUACUUAGUGGUCCAAUCGUCUAUUGGUAUGAUCAGGAGCCAUGAUAAUGAACAGUCUCAGGUAUAAAGUAAGACUCAGAAAAUCACUUUCAUUAAAUUGCAAAGCAUCACUGCUGUUAUUACAAAACUAGAUAUAAAUAAUUGUGCAAUUUUAAUUAGUUAUGAAGUUCAGUAACUUAAAUCAUAAACACUCAACAAGAAGAAAGAUGCAAUAAAAAGAAGAUUUGCAGUUUUGCCACUUAAUCUGAAUUCUGUCUGAGUCUGUUCGUAAUCAUGGCCCUUGUUUGUACACCUUCAGCUACUGCCAAUUAAAUAUUCUUUGAAUAUUCAUCCGGAACGAAAUAUUUCAGCUUCAUUCAAGCAAUGUUUCAUACACAUUAUGAUGUCUAUUUUACAAACUAAAUUAUUGAUUGGGUAUUUUAUUAAAGUUUUUCUUUAUCACUUACAGCUAACUUUCUUCUGAUUAAUAUUGCCAUUUUAAUUCCAGUAUGCUUUUUUCAUUACAACCUUAAUUUUGUACCUCAUAUUUUAUGUUUAGUAUAAUUGUAGUAGUUUGUACAUAUUGUAUGUAAGAUGUAUAAGACAGAUGUAAAUUUAGUGCAUCAAAAAUUGUGUAUGUGCAUCAAGUACAUGGUGCAUUGUGCAUCAACUAAUUUGAUUGUGUGCAUAAAAUAUUUUGUGCAUCAAAUACUUUGUGCAUUAACUAAUUUAAUUGUGUUCAUCAAAUACUUUGUGCAUCAACUAAUUUGAUUGUGUGCAUCAAAUACUUUGUGCAUCAUCUAUUUGAUUGUGUGCAUCAAAUACUUUGUGCAUCAAAUACUUUGUGCAUCAUCUAAUUUGAUUGUGUGCAUCAAAUACUUUGUGCAUCAAAUACUUUGUGCAUCAACUAAUUUGAUUGUGUGCAUCAAAUACUUUGUGCAUCAACUAAUUUGAUUGUGCGCAUCAAAUACUUUGUGCAUCAACUAAUUUGAUUGUGUGCAUCAAAUACUUUGUGCAUCAUUUAAUUUGAUUGUGUGCAUCAAAUACUUUGUACAUCAACUAAUUUGAUUGUGCGCAUCAAAUACUUUGUGCAUCAACUAAUUUAAUUGUGUGCAUCAAAAAUAAACAUUCCUGUGCUGCCAUUGUUCAAUAUGCUUUGUGAUAUUUUUGCUUUGUUCUCAUAGUUAGCAUUAGACUAUCAAAAUGACCUUUUUUCCUGAAUAUUUGCUUUGCAUCAAUUUUGUCACUUUUAUUUCCUAAUUUUUAAGAAAGUUUUCUUCUUUUUUUAUCUUUUUUCAAAAUGAACUGCGACAAUCAUAAUUGUGUGUUAUUGCAAAUAGAUCAGAGGCAAACAAUGACAUCAUAGAUUCUUUCACUCAAAAUAAAACCGAUCACAUGAUUUGUAUAAAAUAGGUACUUUUAAUGUAAUUUAUAUCCAUGUUUGGUUUACGAAAAACCCAUUUCUGCUUGUCGCAGUUGAAUUGUACUUGAAGUAUGAAGUAAAUGUUAGCUGUAGAAUAUGCACUUUUUAGAUGUUUGUUGAUAGUUAUUGUAAGUCACAGUGCCUCAUGGGUAGAUUUUGACCUUGAAGGGACUCCAUCUCAGAUUUUAUGUAUUUCUUCAUAGUAAGGAACAAUCACUCUAGGGAGGUACUCAAUUUCACAGAAUUCUUAAGUCAUUUAAUGGUGAAUAACUUUCUGUCAUAUUUUGAGUUAAUUUUCUACAAAAGAGCACUUAUUGAAUUUCAGAUAAAAUUGAAUUUCAGAUAAAAAAAAAUGAAUUAAUAUAACAAGCAAUUUAUUCACAUUUCACACAGUUUUUUUUAUUUCGGACCCUACAAAAUGUCUGCAAGUCCAUUUGCAUAGCCUGGAAGGUCAUAUGUGACACUGAGCAUGAUUUCAAAAAUGUGAUAACAUUAUUCUUCAGCUUAAUUUUUUAUCAGAUCCAAGUCUACAUUAAGACUAGUAUUCCAAUUUCUGAGGGCCAUGAUACUGAUUUCGAGAUUAUUAUUAUACGUUUAUAUUUCUGUCAAAAUCUUCUCUUUAAAGUCCUGUUCUUAGCAACUCUAAAUUUAAGCCGUGAAUGUUGUGUUUGUGUUGUGGUGUACAUAAAUCACCAGUUGAAAGUUGUUUUUGUUACAUGAGAAUGAUAAUUGUGUUACUGUUUAGAAGGUCUUUCUCAUUUAUUUCAUUGGAUAUGUACAGGGUUAGAUGCAUAAGUGGAUGUUAUUUUGUGAUUUUAAAGAUCUUAGCUUAGUCAACCAAUUGAUGUUCACGUAUAUCAUAUAGAACAUGUUUGCCUGCGCUUUCAAAGAUGAUUGAGCUUUAUACAUCUGAUAUAACAUGUCAGCACAUCUUCAUACUUAAACUUUAUAGAUGUUUGUCAUAUACCCAUUACACUAUUUCUACCAUGGUUAACAUAAAGCAUUCCAGUGUAUGUGUUGAUCUAGUCAUACCGGUUAAGUCUUACACAUCUUUAAUUAUGAUUCAUAACUGUUGUUUAGAUGUUAAGUGUACAUCUUUUUCAGUAAUUUUGAGAAAAUGUUUAACGAUCUUAAAAUUGUUGAUAUAUAGUUUCAAACCGUGUAUAAUGUGUUGUUGUUCAAGUAAAUUGCAUUCUUAUUCAUUGUUUUGGGUGUUAAAAAAUAAAACAGGACUGUUUUCUUUAUGAUUGAUGAACGAUUUACAGGAAGGAAAUGAAUAAAUACCAUUUUAUUAUAUGCUUUCCAGUGAUUUGUUGAGAUUUAUCAGUGAAAUAAAAAUGAAACUUCACUGUUUUAAACAGGGUUAUAUCAUUUUGAUAUCUUUCACAGUUUUGAAAUUUUAGACCGCUCGCAUUCCAAAUCAAAUGUCAGCGCACACAGGGCUGGGAUACAAUAUCAUUGACGUCAUUUCAGAAAUGUUCACAUACAAUUUGGCGUGCUUUUCUGAAGAACUACAAUUAAAUUUUAUUUUAUCAUUAUUUAGACAUGUAAUAAAAAGAAAAUUGCUGGCUUCAGUGUGAGAUCGCAAUCUAUUUCACCUCAUGAACACAAAAAGAAAAUAUUUCACUUUUGGCCAUGCCAAUCAUGAAAUAUAACUUGAUGCUUACUCGUUGAAAUAUAUUACAAUCUUACACUGAAACAAACAAAUAUUCUCUAUGUAUCCAUCUUCUUUCUGCAACAUCUUACUUACUGAAAAAUCCAGUUAUUGUUGGUCGUACUGAUCAUGUUAAUGCAUCACAGUGUUGAACUUCAUUUGUUAUCUGUAUGUGAUUGCUUCUUUAUAUUUCUUUUAAAUUUUACUUGAUGUAUGACGUAAAUGCUGCAAUAAAUGUUUAUGACUCCA